AUGUCAUACUUCACUAGGGAGAAUAUCACUCCAGGCAAUGGUUCUGAUGAUUCAAAAACAGUCCUGGAUUCUCUCCAAAGUGGCACUGACCCUGAAUCGUCUUAUGUUACCUCGCCUUCUGGGUCGCUUUCAACAUUCGAGGACCCUGCUGUUGCAUGUGAAGCCCCUCACUGCGAGAGUGAUCUUCGUUCAUCGCCGACGCAACAUUUCCCAAAAAUGGGCAAUGAUUCCGAUGAAUCAAAAGCUGUCCUGGAUUCUCCCCCAAGUAGCACUGACUCUGAAUCGUCUUAUGUUACCGCGCCUUCUGGGUCGCUUUCGACAUUCGAGGACCCUGCUGUUCCAUGUGAAGCCCCUUCCUGCGAGAGUGAUCUUCGUUCAUCACAGACGCAACAUUGCCCAAAAAUGGAAGUUGACUUCAAAAGAUACGGCAAGGAACCUAAGAAUCUCACAGCUCAUAUUUCACGCACCCAACCGUACCCCCACAGCAAUGGCGGAUUCGGCAAUAUUUGGAAGUGUAUAUUGGAAAAUCCCUUCCUCCGAAACGGUACUAAAGUAUCCCCGCAAGACGUUGCAGUGAAGGCUCUCAUAGUGCAAUCAAGGCGUCCAGAGGAUAUACAAAAAUUGACCAAGAAACUGCGCCAGGAAGUCUUUGUUUGGCAAAAGCUAGAACACAGCUAUAUACUGCCUCUCUAUGGCAUUACGGACGAUUUUGGCAUCCUCCCAGCGCUAGUGUGUCCGUGGAUGAAAAACGGUUCUCUCGGUGAAUAUCUCAAUACGAUGUGGUGUGAGCAGCAGCCGCCGCCCGAAAUGCAUAUCCUCUUUCUUCUUCUCUCCCAAGUCGUUUUAGGUCUGCAGUAUCAAUUACAGCCUAAUGUUCUGAUCGAUGAGCACGGGGAUGCUCGCCUUGCGGACUUUGGUCUGUCGCGCCUGCUGGCGGAUCAUGAGACGUCUUUCUUCGCAUCUUACAGAUCAGGCGCAAUUCGUUGCGCUGCUCCAGAAAUCAUACCGCUUGAUCUUGAAAGUUCCGACGAAUGUGCUAGCAAGCCAAAUGAAGCGAGUGACAUUUAUUCAUUUGGUUGCAUUAUGAUGCAGGUGCUAUCUGGCCGCAUCCCGUACUUCGACAUAAAGGCAGAGUCUCGUGUCAUCGUGGCCAAAUCUAAAGGCAUUCUGCCAACACGACCCGCAUCGCCUGUAAUUGCCGAUGAUCACUGGUGCUAUAUUGAACAAUGUUGGUCGACGCAGACCGAGAUGCGGCCUUCGGUUGAUCAAGUUCUGGGCUAUAUAAAGGGAGAGCACGACAAACAGAAACUCCGCGACAUUCAAGUUGUUGAUGGCAAUUUCAUAACGACAUUCGGUUCCGUUUUCAAUUUGCAAAGAUUUGAGUCUCAUCGACUCAUCUCUGUGCUGAGUGAUGACGAGAGCUCUCAGGAUGUCACUCUCCCCGCUAUCCCUGAGCUCACCAAUCCCAACUUCCUUGACGUUCUCCUUCCUGUUUCUGAGGAUGCUAGCCCUGUUGAAAUGAUCACCGAAAUUUCUCCAUCUCAUCCCAAUGCUAUGAUGGAUGCGCUCCGUUCGACUGCUCACCACAAGCUCACUGAGAAUUAUUCGCCUGCCUUUAGCUCCACUCUUUCGGCCACACUCGAUGCAUUCAAUGGCAUACGUCCUGGUGUAUCUGGGUCUGUCGUUGAUGACUAUCUUUUCAAGGCCUGGGCUGAAGACCCAGCUCUCACCCUCCGAAUCGUCUGGUCUCUCAGGAGUAUCCAUGAUGGCAAAGGCGACAAGGAGCUCUUUUACAUGGCGUUUGGCUGGCUCUUCCAAUACCACCCUCGCACUGCUCUUUCCAACCUCCAUCUUCUUGUAGAGCCUGUCUGUACUCGCCUCCGUCCUGUCAAAGGCAAAAGUACCAAGAAGCGCGUGAACAUGUCUCACGGGUACUGGAAGGACCUGCUCAACAUCCUCGCAUUGGCCACUGUCGACGAGCUUCAUCCUGCCCCUGAUCAAUUCAGCUUCCUUCAUAAUUAUACACCUCGCAACUCUCGCCCUAAAUUCAAGUCUAAUGCCGAGCAGGAAGCAUGGUCGAGGGAAAGGCGCGUUCAGACCUAUGGUAUGAACCACGCCCGAAUUGUGGAGAAACUACGGCAGCCAAAGUAUCGUGCUCUGUAUAUCGCGGUUUCCAGGCUAUUCGCAGAUCGGCUUGUCAAAGAUGUCUCGAUUCUUCAUGAGCUAGCCUCCCUUCCAGCGGAUGCAGAACAGAAGGACCGCGUAUCUCUCAUAUUUUCACUCUCCCUAGCGACAAAAUGGGCGCCCUCUCCUGGGGGGUCGCAUGAUAGGGUCACAAACAUCACCUCCGCUAUCUGCAUCCUCCUGCACCAUGCUCAAAUCACAUCUUGCCUUGCGCACAAAAUCCCUGUCACACUUUCCCCCAGUGCCCUGGAGUUGCAUGUCUUGCGUUCCUUCCUCCGCCGCCACAUUCUUUCACCUUCUCGUCGUCUCAAGUCCCUCCCCGAGCCUCUCAUGUCCGCUAAUCGCUGGUCCGAAAUCGUCUACUCCCGUGUUUCAUCCGUCUGCAUGGACAACAAUAAGGAACAUUUCUUCAAUCACGAUCCUGACCGCUUUGUUUCUUACCUGACAGAUGUGGAAUCAGGAAAGAAGCAGAUUAGUGGUGCAACGCUCCUCCCGCACGAGCUUGUCAUGCAGGCCGCGGCAUGCGUGUACCAUUCGCCAAUGAAAAGGAAGGGAUCCCUGAAAGAUGCCAUCGAGGAGCACAAGCGUAAGCUCGCGGAGACACAGGCGCGUGUGGUGGAGGCACAGUGGGCAACGCUCCUCGAGCGUCUGCGCGAGGCUGGGGAACUAGACAGCUGCAUUGCCGUCUGUGACGUCUCGGGGUCCAUGGGCAGUGUCAACUAUUCCCAUGGCGGAUCACGCCGGUCCUUUGUAGAUCCCAUCUGGCCUGCUAUUUCCCUUAGUCUCAUCUUGGCGCGUCUUGCGAAGCCGCCUUUCAAGGACGCGUUCAUAACUUUUUCUGAGAAUCCACAGAUGGUCGUACUUGAUCCUGAAGGCACUGUUUCACUCGUCGAGACGGUGAUGAAGAUGUCGAAAUCUGAAUGGACCAUGAACACCAACUUCAACGCCGUCUUCCUCGACCUCCUCCUCCCGCUUGCCAAGAAGCACGCCGUGCCUCAGGACCAGAUGAUCAAGCGGAUCUUCGUGUUCACGGAUAUGCAGUUCGAUGCGUCUCAGCAAAACACUCCAUCGUACAAUUCGGACGAGUUUCUGGUGACUGCACCGAAUGCGGCAGAGUGGGAGACGAACCAUGAUGUCAUCGAGAAGGCGUACAAGGAGGCAGGGUACGAGAUGCCGGAGAUCGUGUAUUGGAACCUGUCCACCGCGGACCGUUACCCAGGUAUCACUGCUCCUGUGACCGCCGAUCGGAAGGGCGUUGCGUUGCUGAACGGGUACUCGCCGUCACUGUUGAAGGUGUUCAUGCCAGGUGGAGAGGAAGAAGAGGAGUGGGAGAAUGUGGUUCAGGACGGGGAGGAAGCGACGGUGACGAAAAUGCCCACUCCUGUGGAGUUUAUGACGAUGGCGUUGGGGAGGAAGAGUUUCGAUGGGCUCGUUGUCAUUGAUUGA